UAUUCUCAUUGCAUCAAAACCUUAACAAAUUGAGACAUCACUUGUCUCUUCGCUACUCUCUAGCUCCCCCUCCCGUUUUCGUUUCCUUAACCACUACAAAAUGUCAAGGGCCAUGGAACCACUGACUGUCGGGAGAGUUGUGGGAGAUGUGGUGGAUAUAUUCACUCCUAGUGUAAGAAUGACUGUUACUUAUAACUCCAACAAACAAGUUGCUAAUGGCUAUGAAUUCAUGCCUUCUGUCAUUGCUUAUAAACCUAGAGUUGAGAUUGGUGGUGAGGACAUGAGGACUGCAUAUACACUAAUCAUGACAGACCCUGAUGCUCCAAGCCCCAGUGAUCCUUACCUAAGAGAACAUCUCCACUGGAUGGUCACUGACAUUCCUGGCACAACUGAUGUUUCCUUUGGAAAGGAAAUUGUGAGCUAUGAGACUCCAAAGCCCGUCGUUGGUAUCCAUAGAUACGUGUUCAUCUUGUUUAAACAGAGAGGAAGGCAAACUGUGAGGCCACCAGCUUCAAGAGACUGUUUCAACACUAGAAUGUUCGCAGGAGAAAAUGGAUUGGGCCUGCCAGUGGCUGCAGUGUACUUUAAUGCACAGAGAGAAACUGCUGCAAGGAGAAGGUGAUGAUUAAGAGUGUUGUGGGUUUUCCUUCAUGGACAAAAUAAAGGGUUUAUUGUUUCCUGGUUUUAGGGUUUUGGAUUGGCGUGGCCACAUUCCAGGGGACGUACUGUACUUAUUGUCUUAUGGUGUGCUGUUUUCAAGUUUUUUCCCCCCCUUCUGCUACUACUAGGUUUUGGGAGGUGUAGGUCCUACCGUCUUUUAGGGUAUGUUAUCAUAGGAUGCAUAUAGCAUCUGAAGCUAGGAAGAUCCUUUGAUGGGUACAUGUCAAGCUCUGAGAGAAUCUGUCAUGGGACCCUAAUAUUUGGAUUUGUUAACAAAAAGUAAGGUGUUGUUACCUUGUCUCA